CUAUAAACGGCGAACAUGAAACUCAAGCGAUUCCUUCUCCGAUAUUAUCCUCCAGGUAUAAUCCUCGAAUAUGAGAAAGGAGGGUGUUUGAGGACUAAAUCAAUCGAGCUUUUGGAUUUGACUCCUGAAACAAACCCAGAUGAGCUUGUGGCAGAGAUCAGGCACUCAGAGCCUUUGAUCACAGAGUCCCGAGCUGAUCAGGUUAAACAGCUGAUCCUUCGGCUCCAGCAGAAACAGGGCCAGCAGGACCACCACGGGUUCUGUUUCUUCAAGGAACUUAAGGCACACAUACUGCCCCUGACAAAUGUUGCCUUUGACAAAUCAGGUUCAAGGUUUAUAACUGGGAGCUAUGACAGGACAUGUAGAGUUUGGGACACAGCCUCAGGCACAGAGCUGCACACACUAGAGGGUCACAGAAAUGUGGUGUAUGCAAUUGCAUUCAACAACCCCUAUGGAGACAAGAUUGCCACCGGCUCUUUUGAUAAAACCUGCAAAUUGUGGUGUGCUGAGACGGGAAAAUGUUUUCACACCUUUCGCGGACACAUGGCAGAGAUAGUGUGCCUGGCGUUCAACCCCCAGAGUACAUUGGUGGCCACAGGCAGCAUGGACGCCACUGCCAAGCUGUGGGAUGUGGAGACUGGGGAGGAGGUGGCCUCUCUGACUGAUCACACUGCAGAGGUCCUCUCUCUGUGCUUUAACACUGUGGGAAAUCAGCUUGUCACUGGCUCCUUUGACCACACAGUUGCCAUAUGGGACGUUGCUUCAGGAAGACGUGUCCACACCCUGAUCGGUCACAGAGGGGAAAUCAGCAAUGUUCAGUUCAACUGGGACUGUUCCCUUAUAGUUUCAGGCUCCAUGGACAAAACCUGCAAGUUGUGGGACGCAGUCCGUGGCAAGUGUGUUGCCACCCUAGUUGGACACAAAGAAGAGGUGCUAGAUGUGUGUUUUGAUUUAAGUGGUCAGCUCAUUGCUACUGCCUCUGCAGAUGGUACAGCGCGGGUGUUCAGCGCAACCACACAUCAGUGUCUCGUCACCCUAGAGGGCCACGAUGGGGAGAUCUCCAAGAUCUGUUUCAGCCCCCAGGGUACCAGGGUCCUGACUGCCAGCUCAGACAAGACAGCUCGUCUGUGGGAUGUUCAGUCUGGAGUCUGCCUACAAGUCCUGGAGGGGCACACCGACGAGAUCUUCUCCUGCAUCUUCAACUACGAGGGCGACACCAUUAUUACAGGCAGCAAGGAUAACACAUGCCGGAUCUGGUACUGA